AGGAGGCCGGCUUUGACGAAGGAACAGUUUCCUCGAGUUGAGAGGAAAGCGCACCGCUCUGACACAUCGUGGUCUCCUCGUGGUUGAGCCCGGCCGGCAUCAAUCCUCCGACGUGAGACAAGAGAGGCGGCUACAGCGGGAAGCUCCGCGUCCCCUCCCCGCGAGAGAGACACGCAGACAGGCAGACGGAAGAAAGGACGAUGUCGGCCUUAAAGAAGAGAAACUCGAGCUCCUCGGCGGACAAGGAGGAGGAGGACAGGCAGCUCACGGAGAGGAUGCUGUCCGCGGCGAAGGGGGACCCGGGCGCCGCGCCGGGGGGAGAGCCCGCCGCCGCGGGAAAGGGAGGGGGACAGGGGGUCGUCCUGGAGAAGAACAUCACCCUGUUCAACGGCGUGGCGAUCAUCGUGGGCACCAUCAUCGGUUCGGGCAUCUUCGUCACGCCGACCGGCGUGGUGAAGGAGGCCGGCUCCGUGGGUCUGUCCCUGGUGGUGUGGGCGGUGUGCGGCGUGUUCUCCACGGUGGGUGCGCUCUGCUACGCGGAGCUGGGGACCACCAUCACCAAGUCCGGGGGGGACUACGCCUACAUCCUGGAGGUGUACGGCUCCCUGCUGGCUUUCCUCAAGCUGUGGAUCGAGCUGCUCAUCAUCCGGCCGUCGUCGCAGUACAUCGUCGCCUACGUGUUCGCCACCUACCUGCUCAAGCCGCUGUUCCCCGACUGCCCGGUGCCGGAGGAAGGGGCCAAGCUCUUGGCCUGCCUCUGCAUCCUGUUCUUGACCUUUGUGAACUGCUACAGCGUGAAGGCGGCCACCAGGGUGCAGGACAUCUUUGCCGCGGCCAAGCUCCUGGCUCUGGGGAUGAUCAUCAUCAUCGGCUUCGUCAAGAUCGGCCAAGGUGACGUGGAUCGCCUGCUUCCGGAGAAUUCUUUCGAGGGCUCCAAGUACGAGUUUGGCAGCAUUGGACUGGCGCUUUACAGCGGCCUGUUUGCUUACGGUGGCUGGAACUACUUGAAUUUGGUCACCGAGGAGAUGAUCGAGCCUUUCAAAAACCUUCCCCGGGCCAUCAUCAUCUCUCUGCCCAUAGUGACGGUCGUGUACGUUCUGACCAACUUGGCCUACUUCACCACCCUCUCCCCCGAGCAGAUGCUCGCCUCGGAGGCUGUGGCUGUGGAUUUUGGUAACUACCACCUGGGUCCGAUGGCGUGGAUCAUCCCCGUGUUUGUAGGCCUGUCCUGCUUCGGAUCAGUCAACGGCUCUCUGUUCACUUCAUCCAGGUUGUUCUUCGUGGGCUCCCGGGAGGGUCACCUGCCCAGUCUGCUGUCAAUGAUCCACCCCACCCUGCUGACCCCGCUGCCCUCACUCAUCUUCACUUGCCUGAUGACGCUGCUCUACGCCUUCUCCAACGACAUCUUCUCCGUCAUAAACUUCUUCAGCUUCUUCAACUGGCUCUGCAUCGCCAUGGCGAUAAUCGGGAUGAUGUGGCUCCGCUAUAAGAAGCCGGAGAUGGAGCGGCCGAUCAAGGUGAAUAUUCUGCUGCCCUUGAGCUUCGUGCUCGCCUGCCUCUUCCUCAUCAUCGUCUCCAUCUGGAAGACCCCGGUGGAGUGUGCGAUCGGCUUCGGCAUCAUCGCGACCGGAGUCCCCGUCUACUUUAUCGGCGUGCGGUGGCAGAGAAAACCCAAGUGGAUGCUGCACGGAAUCUUCUCGACCACGGCCUUGUGUCAGAAGUUGAUGGAGGUGGUGCCGCAGGCGACCUAAGAGGCCUUGACGGCCAUCGGGCUGCACGAACUGUGACCUCUGGGAUCUGACGUCACAGCUGAUGGAGCUUGACCGCUGCUGACCUCGUUGACCUCUUUCUUUCUCUCUCUCUCUCUCCCUCUCCCACACACACACUCCCACCCCGUCUGCGGGGUGCUGAUAAGGACGCGACAGAGACGCGCUCUUCUUUUUUUCUUGUGGACUAUUUUUAGUCACUAACCGUCCCUCGUAGGUCGUAAUGCAAUCUUUUCUCAUGCUGCAUUUCAGUGAACUGUUUGGUUUGGUUUCUACUGUUGUUGUCAGUUGUGAAUAUAUUCAUGUAACCAGUCCUCCCUCAUUGGAAAGAUGACGUACUCAGCAAAUUGUGCCUUUGGUGGCAAAUGUGUGUCAAGUCUAAAAGCUUUUUAUUUUGUCCAACGUUCACAAAGAAUCGGACCCUUUUGGUCCGUCAAACAUCGCGGUUCUUAAGCUCUUGUUGGGAAGCUUUGUGGUGUCUGCCGUUGCUGAUUGGCCAGCACCCCCCCCCCCCAGCGUCUCUUCUGUGGAGUCCCUGUUGUUGUUUUAAAGUCCACUGGGCUGCUGGAAGGGAGGGAGUGAAGUUCAUUGCUGCGAGAUGUUUUUGUUUUUCUCCUUUUUACAGCCAGCAAAACUCCUCAGAAAAUGGUGGAAAAACCACAGAAAGGAGGCAGAAGUCUCCUCAGGUGUGUGAAGCAUCGCAGACCAGUCAAGUCUUUAAAUCACCACGUGGUUAGCGUGACAGCGGCGAAGUGUGUGUGUUUUGUAUUCUGCCCAUCGGUGGAAGGUGGGUCCAGAUUUUGAGUAUGUGCUAUUUUCCUGCUGUUUGAGUUUUCCGGGUCAGCGAUCUAAUUUUUCCUGCCGGGGAUCAAUAUAUGUGUGGGCGCUGAGCUUGGCUCACAGAGCGCCAUUAGAUCGUCACACUGAGGGACGCCGCCAUGCUCUCCACAUGUAACACCCCCGUGUUCAACACUCACAUGUUGUUUUGUUUUACUUUUGCAAACACUGUUAAAAAAAGCUAAUGCUGUUUCAUUAACGUCGGCCCUCGUACAGCGACGGGCCGUCUCUGUGGUUGUUGCCAUGGAGAUGUGGGCGGGGUUAAUAUGUAUGUGUAUGAAGUAGAACCGUUUUAACACUCCAGCCAUCGCACUAAGCAGAUGGGAGAACUAACCUAUGAAAUAGGACUGUAGAAAGUUUAUUUAUUUAUUUUUAGGUUGUUGUUUGUCAUUAGUCCCUCAAAUUUGUUUACCUUGCAUUUAAAUAAAUUAUGAGGUUUUUUUUUUUACCUUUUCUGUUUAGUCACUUUUAGUCUUCUUUUUUUUUAAGUUUAUUUUCCUUUUUCAAACGGGACUAAAUUCCAACUAUAUUCACCCCAAAAAUACACACGUAGAGGUCUUGUAUUUAGUUGAAGCUGCUUCUAACAGUAUUUCCGUAUGUGAACGGGGAUGCAGCCCUCAGACAACCCCAGUGUUAUGCAAUCUUUCAGCUCAUUGUUUCUGCUUUCGGCACUCAGAUUCACCGCUUAGGGCCACUUCAUCCAUACAAACAUACAAACAAACAGGAAAAACCCAGAGUGCUACCUGAGCAGCACCAGACAGCGUUCUGACAGACGUUAGCGACCGGCUGGUCAACGUGGUGGAACGUUUCACGACUCAAAAGAAAAGUGAAGCAGAAGCAUCACAACCGCCGUAUGUGGAAAUAGGCGAUUCCUCACAAGCUAAAUCUACUUAAUAUGUCCGUUUUGUUUACAUCUGGUUGCACUGCCCUCAAUUGUCUGGAGAAUUCUAAUACAGUUUUGAGGAACGUGAGCGUAAAUACUUUCAGUCUUCAGUGUGAACACAAAUGUCUACGUUUGCCACUGAAAUGAGUCGGGACUCACAAUGACGGCACCAACUGUCGGAUAAACAAGUUCCUUACCGUGAGCAUAAAAGGUCCCAUCUAUUCCCCUUAAUGACUCGUAUGUACAAUCAUUAAUGAGCAAUUUAACAUGCAUUAAGACAGUAACUAGCUGCGACGUCGCUCUCGGGCUGAAGCCAGCGGUUUGCUUUGGUUAAUCUGAAGAACGGUGUUGGUCUUUUUGUGUACUGUUUGGUGUGUGUGUGGCCCCACAGCGAGUAGUGGAAUGAGUAUGUACACACGGUCAAAAGGAAAGAAGAGAUUUUACAUUCGUUGUGGCUUUGCUUUCUUCAUAUCCUCUCCAACUAUUCUAAAACCUCACCUUGCUGCGCUCCUUUACGGAAUGGUAUUUUUUUGGCAUAACUUAUUUUUGAUAUCUUGAACGAUGCAUUUUUCUACGUGGACGCUUCUCUAUAGAUGCUCUUUUCUCUCUCCUGCGGUGACCAGACUUUACGCUGUGUACACAGGUGUGCAGCUGCCAAAAUGUCGCCUUUUUGUACGUGUGUUGAAGUGCCUCUAAUCCAGCUGUGUAGCACAGACGGGAACGCUUGAACUGUAGCAGAGCGAGGAAGCCACGGGUCAGCUCGCUCGCCGUGCUGUGUAUCUGUUGUUCUUCCUCGGCUCUUCUCACACUCCUCCUCUUCUGGUAGCAAAGUGCUGAUACUCUAUGCUGGUACUUCGGCAUCAAAGGCGCGAUCGCGUGCAGGCUGCUUCAAAUUCCUGCAUCCCAUUUUCAUCCCACAUGUAGGCUGUAACUGGAUGGACGUGUGGAGUCUCAUUUUCCUGCAAUGAUGUUUUUGGCUGAAACGCCGCUUGUUCUACAUCCGUUAGGGGUUUUGUUGUACAACACGAUACUUUCAGAAACUUGUAGAAGUAACUUUUUAACUUGUGCAAUGUCUUUUUCUGUAGUUCCACAUUAAAACAAACUGUUGAUUUAAUAACCACACUAAAACUGUGAUUGGAGCUUAAAAUGUUGCCGCUUUUAUCUUUUCUUGGUCUCCUCCUGGUCUUUCUAUGUGCUUUGUAUUUUGUGUUUUCAAUCCUGGAGAAUAAAAGGAUCGAUGAAAUAACGA